AUAAAAGUCAUCAGCGGUAACGUUUCAAAAAUUGAAUCAAAGUCAAACGCACUCGGAAGCCUGGAUAAAUUAAACGUGUUAGCCAAAAUGCAAGCUCCUUUUGUUAUGUUUGAUCCAAAAUCGGGAUAUAUCACGGGCAUCGACGUUCUUCUAUUGAAAACAAUUGCAAAGAAACUAAAUUUGCAACUUGAAUUGCGAAUAGUGAACAAUCUAACGGCCAACGCAGAAUCUCUUUGGGAGUACGUACUUUUAACAACAAAGUUUAUUAUUUUUUCUAAAAUUCCCUCUUUCGAUAUGUUUUAUCAAAUCAGCUCCACUCAAGAAAUAAUUGAUACAAAUUUACGUUUGGCUGGCGAUUCAAAUGUUCUCAGUCAUUUAGAAUUUCGAAAUUUGGUUCCAGAAAACGAAAUUCGGUCAUUUGAAGUAUGUGAUGACAUUGAGAAAUGUUUGAAGCGAUUGACAUUUGACGAUAGUCUAGCGGUCGCAACGUCUCAACGGUACUUGGAAUCACUGAAUAUUCGGCGCGAUAUUUUCUGUUUCGAUACCUCGCAGAAUAUCUACAGUUAUUUGAGAAAGUUUUUGAUCCAUACCGACUUUAAACUGAAGGAUAGCUGCAACAAUGCUGUGAAGUGGAUCAUGGAGGCUGGUCUGAUUGCGAGAUGGAAAAAAGAUUUCUCAUUUAAACGUGAUAUUGAUAUCGAAAAUGCAGAAGUACACUCAGUAAAUAUUGAGGAUUUAUUGGGAGCUCUAAUACUUUUUGGCGGCUUCUUUAUGUUGGCAAUCAUAGUCGCAGGCAUCGAACAGAUCACUUUUCGGAAAGCUCAUUUUGGAAAUCCCAAAUCAUUUUGGAAGUGGAUGAGUAUGAUGAUUGACGGUGAUAGGCAUUUCUUACUGUAUGAUUCGGCUUAUGGCUCCAAAGGCAACAUGAAAAACUAA